CAGUCCUACUGUUGACCGUACAGUUGGAUCUCCGCGUUUUCUUUCGAUCGUCUCGUCUGGCUUUGCAAUGGUAUGGCUUUUUUAAUUGACUGUCAGAAAAAGAUCAUUGAUCUGCAAAAGCGCGUCACAGAAACUGGACGUAAUGUAAUCUCACGCACGCAACGAUGGCGUCGCAUGUCCACCAUCCCCGCUACGGACUGCGAUGUAGUCGUGACCUUUGGAAAGAAGAGUAAAGAGGAACACAUCGAGUGGUUUAUCAAUCUUUUGCACGAGCGUGUUCCAGAACUGAUGUCACAACGCCAAUAUCAUCGUACCUCCGGACAGUCUGCGUUGUAUUUAUCCGCAUGCUAUAGAGAUUUACUCUUGGGUGCCGAAGAGUUGGGGAUCAAGAAGCCUUUGGCACCAGAGCAUGGCGGGGGACUGAGGGAGUUUUCCAUGGAUGAACUGGAUUUGUUCGAUAAUGCGUCCGAUGAGCUCAACUUCUUAUCCAGUGGAGAACGUUGCUGGAUUGUGCAUAAUUAUUUGAUGGGAUUAUGCGCUCGCGAGGGAGACGUUCUGGAUGAUAUGGUGUUUCGCGAUGGACAACCGCUAAUUCGUCCACUUCAAUCAAUUGGCUUGCUUAGUCACAUCUUCCCUGUGCAUCAGUCUGCGGAACUGAAACAACUGACCAAAGAUUGGCUUCAUGGAUGGACUCUCCGUCAACCGUUGGAUGAUAUUCGACGUUACUUUGGUGUUCAGGUUGCGCUGUAUUUCGCUUGGCUUGGCCACUACACCUUUGCCCUUUUGUUUCCUUCGGUUGUCGGACUGUCAGUGUGGCUUUUCGUUGAUUGCAAAAAGUACAAAUUCUACGAUCUGGUUAUGGCUAUGCUCUGUCUCCUUUGGUCUACUGUCUACUUGGAGCACUGGAAAAGGACAAGCUCGUUGCUAACUUAUCAAUGGGGUGUAUGGGACGCACCGCCGUCACUUCUUGAGGAGCCACGGGCGGCUUUUCGGGGUGAGUUAACCAAAUGUUCAAUCACUGGUCGAAUGGUCCGCACCUAUCCUGCGUGGCGUCGAUGUCUCACUAUCUUCUUCGUCACCGCUCCUAUCAUCAUCAUCUCUUUAUCGUUCGUCAUCUUCAUCACGCUUGGUUUCGUGCUCCUGCAGGAACAAACCGACGCUUGGGCAGCGCAUGCUGACGCCGGGAAGUUUGGCAUCCUCAUUUUGCACACCCCCAAGGUCUUGCUUGCGAUCAUCAUCAUGACAAUGGACGUAGCAUACAGGAGCUUGGCUGCCUGGCUGACUGAGCUUGAAAAUCAUAGACUGGAUGCGGAAUACCACAACCACCUGGUCGCCAAGCUACUACUGCUUCAGUUCAUGAAUUGCUUUUUCUCCCUAUUCUACACGGCAUUCUACCUGCAAGAUAUGGAUUUAUUACAACAGCAACUGACCACACUGCUCCUCACUCGUCAGAUUCUGGGCAAUAUUCGAGAGGUAUUUUUACCUUAUGGUCAGUCCCGCCUGCGUCAGUUCUUUCUGUCUUUUCGAUAUGAGACCAAGAAACGCACAGGUCAAUCCGAAUUGGCGGACAUUCAGUAUACUGGUCCCACCAUAGAAACACUACAAGGACGCACCGAAUCAAACCUUGAUGACAGUACCUUGCGCCGCCGGAAAUCCCCAGAGGCUUCAACACACUCCGUCAAUCGUGAUGAACCACUGAUACCUUCUCAAGAGCGUGAGGCUACUCUCCUACCGUACGAUGGCCCGGAUGACGAUUUCUUGGAAAUGUUCAUCCAGUUCGGUUACGUCAGCAUGUUCUCCUGUGUAUUCCCUGUUGCCGGUGCGUUGGCCUUUCUGAACAACGUGGUCGAAAUGCGAGGGGAUGCGUUCAAGUUGACCCACGGUUAUCAGCGUCCAUUUCCACAAAAUGCCACCAGUAUUGGCAUUUGGCAGAUAGCCCUCGCUUCCAUGGGCUACGCAGCAGUACUGGUCAAUAUUGGUUUAUUGUUCGUAUCUGGUGCAGUUCAGGAGCUGGUACCAAAACUGACAGAUACACAGACUGUCCUGCUUUUAGUGACAGCAGAACAUGCAAUCUUUAUCCUUUUGUACGCUGUAUCCUCGUUGAUCUCCUCAACACCAAUGUCUGUGUUGAUCCAAAUUGCCAAGUUGGAACAUCGGAGACGCGAAGCACUACGAACUCUUGAGCGUGAAGCGAUGCGCCAGUGUCAACAACGUCGCUCCUCCUCUCGAUCCAACCACAGUGAAUCCAAGUCGGUCGAUACCUUGUCAGAUAACCCUAAUAAUUCUGAGUUAUCUUCAUAUCAGUUUUAACUUAUUGAAAACACUCAAUGACAUCAUCGUGUAUUAUGUAUACGUAUAACAUUUUUCCUAAUUUAACCGAAUUCCGCAUAAGAUCAUAUUAUUGCCUUCCUUUUCUUCCCUGCUUACCACCUUUUAUGUUUCAUACUUCAGUCAUUUAUCCAGUUGUGCAGCUGUUUUUUUUUGUUUUGUUUAUCUGCUCAGAUGUUAUAUUUUCAUUCAAUUGGCUAUUUCCAAACAUGAUCCGGG